CAAAAGCAGAGCAGCAAUGGCGUUUCACUGUGGAAAAUCCAUCUUUGUGAAGCUCAUCGUCCUCUCUCUGCUACUUCUUAUUCCCUUGUCACAAAGCAACGCUGCUCGUGUCCCUUCAAUCCCAAGAGAUCCUACUGGCCCGAGGCGACCGAUUUGCCCGGCUUGUGUGUGUUGCGAGCCAGCCCCGCUAGGAAGUUGCUGCAGAUGUUGUGCAUCUCCUAUCGUCACGCAAACUCAUCACCACUCUCAAUCUCCAUGAAAAUAUAAAACUAAAAAGCUUGACUCGGAAGAAAAGAAUGAAGAAUAAUAAAGUUGUGUGUAGUACAUGUUUCUGUUCCCAUGCAUGUCCUAUUAAAGCAAAAUAAAACUGUUGUUUCAAAGUCAACUCUAUAUUUGAGUUUGAAUUUUCAAACUUUGACCAAACCUUCAAUAAAUGUAACAAAAAAUUAUAAAC